AUGGAGAAAGUCUGGGCUCAGACGUGGGACUGGAAGGAGCAAAAAACAAAGAGGUUUCCUCUCGGCAUCGAGGCUCAGGCUCGUUGGAGGCAGCGCUCCUUCCCACAGACGGAGAAAAGUACCAUAGAUGAAGACAGGACAGGUGAAGAUACAGGUGAAGACAAGGACAAGGUUGGACAAAAACAGAACUUGGUGAAGACUCCUGAAGCAAUCACCACAAUGGAGCAAAGAAGCAAAGAAGUGGAGGCCCUCUUCAGCAGACUUCACCUUGAAAACUACAAAAGUCAACAGAAGCUGACACCUGCAGUUUUUCUUAAAAUAGGGCCAAGUGUAAAACAGCAACAUGAGACAUCUGAGAAGGAUUUAGCAGAUACUUACAUCCAGAGGUUGAUGACGCUGGAUCAUAGAGCCAGAUACAUCGCUGUAAAAGAAGACCCAGCAGUCAGUCAUCCAAACCAAGUUCAAACACCUGACAGUGCUGGUACAGAUGAAAGUGUUUUUGAUGCUUUUUUCAGCACAGAGCAAGAAACUGAGCAAAGAAAACAAAGUCAUGUUCAUCCAAUGGAUGUUCAGAUGGCAGUAUUUCACUGCUCAGACAGUUUUCUCAAGCUGGACAUCAUUUCCAAGUUAUCCCAAUGUCAGUAUGCUUUACCUUUGCUUGUCCCUGACCCGUUUAAAAUGGAUAUUGUGUGUCCUAUGUGGACAUUUAGACAAAUAAGAAAAAGCUGGAAGCAGACAGAUGACUCAAACCUUGUGACAAUGAAGAGUGUGCCGAUCUGCAAAGCUGAGACACCCAUGGUGGCAUUUCUCCGGCUUGGUUCAGUGUCAACAUCUAAAUCUCAGCUGAUGAGCAGCUUAAUCAAUGAGCGUCACAACACAUUCUUUCAUAGAAACUGCCCAGGCAGCACCAAAUCUCGCUACUUGAUUGAUGGCUUGGCUGAGAUUGCCUGGUACUGCCCUUCUGGAAAACCCAAUGAUGUAUUCACUGACUGCAUUGCUUUCUGUAAUCUCCAUGGUGAUGCUCUGUCAUGUGAGACACAGCGGGACAUACUGAUUGAAAAAUCCUCAGUCAAUGUUAUUUUGUUACCAAGUCUGGAAAAAAGUGGAAAAAGUUCUACAAUAUUGUCAGACCUUCUCAAGUCUCCAAAGCCCCUCAUUUGUCUGAUUGCUGAUAAUGCUAGUGCUGCAGUUGAGGUCAAAGAAGGCACAAGAAAGUACAAAAUGGGUCUAAAAGACAAAAGUCUGUCAGAAGUAUCUGAAGAGCUGAAAGCAAUCAUCAAAAAGAUUUUGUCCAGUCAAUACAACACAUUCAAGCUUGAAAGCAUGACCGAGGUCCGUGGGAUCAGGAUGGAUGAAGAUGAUGAGGCCUGCCAGAGAGGGAAAUCUGUUGCUUUGCAGAUACAGAAUUUGCUUGAGGAGAAGGACAUCUCAAAGAUCAAAGACACAUUCCUCCAGUGUCAAGGGAAAUUGUGGAAAAAGUGGUGCGAAAAACACAAAGGCCUGUAUCGCCUCCAAGGACAGAUUGAGAAGGAAAAAUGUCAAACAGAAAAAGAACUGAAACAAAUACGAGAAAAACAAUGUGAUGUUGCAUCCAAUGAACUUAUGAACUUGUUUUUGAAGAACCUCCGGUAUCUGCAUUCACAUGAGAAAAAGUAUUUCCUGAAGUGGACUGGAAUCUUGCUGGAUGAUCUCUCCACAGAUGACCUUUCUGGGAUUCUGCAAGCAUAUGAUGAAAAGUGGACUGAAGUCUUGAAUUUGAAAAAGAAAGAUGAAAAAGGAGAGAAACACAACCAGACAAAAAAACAAAGUGUUGAAAAACAGAGAGCUGAACUUGAAGAAUUAUCAGCAAAACUGCAGUCAGCGACCUUUGGCUUGGAGCACAUGUUUAGGGAAAUGGGGCAGAUCUAUGAGGCCCAUGCAUCUGUCAACAGAACGACAGGAGAGCUGAACUGGUCCAACUACCCUGAACUGGCUGCAGAGCUGAUGAUAUCAGGACACCCAAUGGAGCUGAUGGAUGGUGACGCUGGUCACGUGCCUUUAACAUGGAUCACCUGUCUACUAGACGCUGUCAUCAAGAAACUGGGAGACAAGCGAAUUUUUGUUUUGUCAGUUCUAGGCAUCCAAAGCAGUGGAAAAUCAACAAUGCUGAAUGCCAUGUUUGGCUUACAGUUUGCUGUCAGCGCUGGCAGGUGCACGAGAGGUGCCUUCAUGCAGCUAGUCAAAGUUUCAGCAGAGAUCCAGAAAGACUUUAAAUUUGACUAUGUUUUAGUUGUGGACACUGAGGGACUGCGUGCUCUUGAGUUGGCAGAGAACACCAAUCUUCACCAUGACAAUGAAUUGGCAACGUUUGUCAUUGGUCUGGGAAACCUGACUUUGAUCAACAUCUUUGGGGAGAAUCCAGCAGACAUGCAAGACAUUCUUCAGAUUGUUGUACAGGCUUUCAUGAGGAUGAAGGAGGUAAAUCUCUCUCCAAGUUGUGUGUUUGUUCACCAGAAUGUUACAGAUAUUGCAGCUGGAGAGAGAAACAUGGAAGGAAAGAGACGCUUACAAGAAAAACUGGACAAGAUGGCCCAGCUAGCUGCCAAAGAGGAAGUGUGCAAUGCUGACUGCUUUAGUGACAUCAUUACAUUCAAUGUACAAACAGAUGUUCAAUACUUUGCCCAGUUAUGGGAGGGAAGUCCACCCAUGGCGCCUCCGAACCCAGGCUACAGCGAGAGCAUCCAAGAGCUGAAGAACAUCAUCCUCACAAAAGCAUCAAAAUCUGAAGGACUGACUCUCUCACAGUUCAGAAGCCGCAUUUCAGACCUCUGGAACGCCUUGCUGAAUGAACAUUUUGUUUUCAGCUUCAAAAACACACAGGAAAUUGCAGUGUACAGAAAACUUGAGGUCCAGUAUGGGAAAUGGACCUGGGCCUUGAGAUGUGCCCUGUUGAACAUUGAACACCAGCUUCAUAACAGAAUUGAAAUUGGAAAACUUGACAAGGUUGCUCACAGUUAUCUUGUUAAGGAGAUGACCACUACUCAAGAAGAUGUCCAAAAGGCCAUGAAGACAUACUUUGACGAUGAUGAAGAUAAAGAGAUGUUGGUUCAAUGGCGAGGUCGAUUUGAAAGCAAAAUAAAGGAGUUUCAUGAUGAACAGGUGAAAGAAGUUAAAAGAAAGCUGGAGGAAGUUAUCCAGCAGAGGAAAGCCUGCAAAGAGCUGGAUGACAAAAAGGCCGAGUUUGAGAACAAGCUACUGCAAAAAAGCAAAGAGCUCGCUCAUGAGUUAAAAGACAAGGCAAAAGAUGAAAAGGAACUUCAAAAGCAAUUCAACAGAAUUUGGGACGCUCGAGUCAGGGAAUUAGAAGCAGCUGCACCCAAAAUUAAGGAUAUUUACAUUGAAGAUGAUUUGUUUUGUAUCCUUACUGACCUUGGCAUUGAAUGGUCUCUUAUAUUUGAAUGCAAGAAACGGGGUAAAUACAAAAACAUGCCAAAGAUAGGUAACUAUUUUGGUUAUGUAACCAUAACCAAGGGCAAUUUGGCAGCCAAAGCAUGGGAGAAUCUUAAGGCUGCCCUUAGAAUGAAUACUCUUCCUUAUGAAGAGAACCAACAGAUCAGAUCCUUCAUCACUGAGGUUGAGAGACAGUCCAUAGAGAAAAUUCAGACCAAGCCUGUUGCUAGUAGAGGCUACACUUCCACCUACUUGCAUGAAGUAGCCAGUAAUGUCAAAGACAAAGUCAAAGCUUUUGAAUCAGAGACAAAGACAUACACUUUCAAGAAUGACUUUACAGUCGAUCUUUUACUGUAUGUAUGUCACAUUGCAGGGAAUCAGCUAUUAAAGUCUCAUGAGGAAUUCAAGACCAAUAAUGAUCCACUGACUUAUUUAGAAAGCAAGAAAGACCAUCAUUACAGGAUAUUUGUGAGCUAUUGUGAAGGUAACUCCUCUGCUGCUGUGCUUGGUGAACUGAUCUGUAACAAACUGAAGGACUCCACAGUUCAGGCUGUGUACAACAUGACUGCCAUGCAGCUGGCUGACGAGAUGAUGCACAGUUACCCACCCCUCAGUGGAAACAAGGCUAACUUGGAGAAACACAUUUUAAAGUCACUGGCAGAGAAAGAGGACUUUGACAGCUACAUAAACUACCUCAGGCGCCCAAGAUCCCACAUGGAGUCUUUCAUAAUAGAAGAAGUAGAGAAAUACAUCCUCACUGAACACAAGGACAAAGCACUCAGUGCUCUAGAGAAAAACGUGAAACGUAUAGAGAAGCUUGUGAGUGAUGCAGUGGAAACUGCAACUGAGAAUGUCAAAACUCAGGGAGGAGACAUUGACACGUGGCUGGAGGAGUUCUCCAGUUCUCUGGAAGAUGAGCUGGCAUUUUCUACAAACUAUGGUCAAAAUUUUGGUGACAUAAACGACUUUGAUUUUUUCAAGGAAGAGCUAGACAAAGGCAUUAAAUCCAUUGUUGAGGAGAUGAGUAGCCUCACGAUAGUCAGUAUGGAACAAUUCAGUGAGAGGCCUGAUCAACUGCUUAUCGACCACAAAUGUAAGACCUGCUGGACUCAAUGUCCUUUCUGUGGAGCCGUUUGCACCAACACAUAUGAGGAUCACAGUCCUAAUGAUCAUAUGGUCACUUUUCAUCGCCCCGAUGGGAUCAAGGGGUGGCAUUUUAGAGGUACAGUAGAACUAUCCAUUGAUUUCUGCUCAACAUUAGUUACAAGCAAUCAGGCGUUUUACCCUAAUUCUUCUUCAGAUCAGGCUGUUCCUUAUAAAGUGUACAAAACUGCUGGAGGUAAAUAUGCUGAGUGGAGCAUCACACCUGAUAAUUCUACACUGGCAUACUGGAAGUGGUUUGUAUGCCGAUUUCAAAAGGACCUAGAAGAUUACCAUGAAAAAAAAUUUAAGGGCAAAGGAGAGAUUCCCAGUGAAUGGAAACGUUUCACCAAAGAAGACGCCAUCAAAAGUUUGGAGAGCCUGUAAAACCUGUGAGUGACCCAGGGACAAAAAGAGCCCUUCUCAAAGUAACGAGGCUCUCUGAUCUUCACCUGAAAACUCAUGAGGGGAAUUCUAACAGCAAGAGAUUCAUAAAGACUUCGUCACAGAGAGAGCGAGUGGUCGGUGAAUGAGAAAUGAGAACAGGCAGUAAAAUAUUACACAGGCGCUUUGGCUGUUGAAAAGAAAUAUUAGUUCUUCAAUAAAAUGACCAAAUAAUUCAAAAGAAGGCAAGAUUAGUUCCUAAAAGGACUGUUAGAUAUUAAAUGUGAUUUUUCUUAAAAUGAACUCACGGUGUUGUAUUCCAGAUCCAUAAAGUGAGUCAUUGUUAUUAAGUCGUGGGUUUUCCUGAAAAUGAAGCUGCUCUACAUGGCAGCAAAACAGAAGAGAAAACUUUAUCAAUGUAAAUGUUGAGUUUGUUGUCAAUAAAAGAGAAUGACAAAAAGUAUUUUACACAGGAAAAAGAAGUCAUGACAUGUCCUUGUUUCUGUCCACGUGACAAUGUGUUUUUUAUUUUUAGCAAAAUGGAUAAAGUUUGUAUGUGAAGUUUCAUGCACAAGGAACGAGUGCAGAAGUUGAGAUGUUCAUUGUCUGAAAUCACAGAAAGAGUUUCAUUCACAUCAAACAAGGAAUGGAAGCCAUGAUUUCAUUUGUGUUUUUUUUUUUUUUUUUUUUUUUGUUGCUUUUUUCUUUCUUUUCUUAUAAGUGUAUCGUUAUCAUACUAUUACAACAUUAUCCACUUUGUAUUUUAACAUAACGCAACUGCAUGAUCUGAUACAUACAAUUUAGUUUAUGUGUUUGAAAUGACAGACUGGCCAUUUUAUGUGUCCUCUUUUUGACUUGUAUGGUUUUAGUAAAGAAUUGAUAAACCAUGAUGAAGAAUGUAAUGCUUUCUUUUAAAUAUUUUCAACUGUUUUGUCUUUCUCUCUCAUUUGAACCAGCUAUUCGGUUUAUUGUAGUUUUAGGAUUGAUAUUACUGCAACUCAUGUAUUUCUUUAUUUGACAUAUUUUUCAGAGCCAGAAAUGCACCAUUUAUAAAACUUACUCUUCAAUGACAACAUAACCAGAUCAUUUGAAUUUGAAGUUGUUCUCAUAUUGU